AUGAAUCAUAAUACUCAUGGAAAUGAUGCAUUAUCAAAAUUAUUAGAUAGUGCAAUUGCACAUGCCGAAAAAGAAAAAAGUCCAGAUUUCAUAAAUGAUUUUAAUUCAUCAAGUUCUUCAUCUUCUUCAUUGAUACGAAAUAAUCAAAACCCAAGGCAACAAUCGAAUAUUAAUAAAUUAAUUUAUUCAAUUUCUGAAUUAAUGGAAUUAAAAAAUACUGCAAUUGAUAUGAGUUCAAAAUUACCAGAUUUGACGUUUUUUAAAUCUUCUAUUAGAGAAAAUCAUCAUAAUAAUCAUUCACAUUCUCAAUAUAAUCGUAAAAAAUCAAGAAAACAUAAUGAAACAUGGGAAAGAGGAAAUAGAUAUAAUAAAAACGAUGACAAGUUGAAUGUCUUGGAAGAUGAAUUGGAAGGAGAUCCAGAAUGGAAUGAUAUAGGGAUUAAUAGUAGUGAAAAUGUUUCUACUAUGAAACAAUCAGUUGAAGAUUUUGAAAAAUGGAAACUUCAAAUGAAAUUAGAAGAACGUAGAAGAAAUGGUGAAAUAAUACCUGGAAAUGAAGAGGAAAUUAAUGAAAGUGUAGUUAAUGCUGGUAAUGAAGUUGAUAAUUUUUUUUCAUUUGUUAAUAAGAAAACAUCCACUUCAAAGGAAAAUGAAAACGUUUUAAUACCAACACCUACAACUGGAAAUGAUUCAAUUAAUACAAAUUCAUCAACUACUCAAACUAAUAGAUCUUCAAGAUUUUCAUCAUUUUUCCAUCAUACAGAACAACCAAUUGAAAAUACCCCUGAAAUUUCAAAUAAUAAACCACUUCAACCACCACCGGGAUUUUCAUCAAAAUUUUUUGGAAAUAAUAAUGUAAAUAAAGAAGAAAUACAAUCACAACAAGUUGAAAUUCCACCACCGUUGAAUAGAAAUGAAUCAACUACUUCAAAUACUUCAAAUCAUUCACAACGACAACAACCACUGAAUGACAGUUUCUUCAUGUCGUUAUUAAAUAAAAAAGAAUCAAAUUCAAAUGUCAAUAUCAAUGCUAAAUCACCAAUUUCUUCAAAAGAAACUCCAAAUAAUGGUGGAUUAGCUGCUUUAUUUAAUAAAAAUACAACUAAUAAUACAGCAUCUGAUUUACCAUCAGUUGUUCAAUCUCCAAUUGAAGCCAAAGUAAUAAUUUCACCAACUUUGAAUAAAAUUGUGCCUCCAAGUCCUCAAGCUCCACAAUUAAAAGAGAAUAGAAAACCAUCAACUACAUCAACUACAUCAUCAAAUGAACAAAUUAAAGAACAAUCAAAACAACAACAACCUCAACAAUUUAAUCAGCAAUUUAAUCAAUUUCCACCAAAUCAAAUUCCACCAUGGUUGAGAGGUCCACCACCAGGAUUAAAUAUGAAAGGACCAGCUCCACCACCGCCAGGUUUUCAAUUCCCACCACAACAGAAUAAUCCAAAUAAUGCACCACCACCAUUUCAACAACAACAAAAUAGAAAUAUGCCACCGAUGCCUCCACCAGGCAUGUUUCCGAAUGGUUAUAUGCCACCACCUAAUUUUAAUCCAAAUUUUCCUCCACCUCCUCCUGGAUUUGGUGGUCCGAAUCCAAAUCAAUUAAAUCAAUUACCUCCUCAAUUUAUGAAUCAACCAAAUAGGUUUAUUCCCCCUGGUUUUAAUAUGAAUUUACCUCUACAUUUACAACAACAACAACAACAACAACAAAAUCAACAAAAUCAACCACAAUUUAAUCAACAACCAAAUCAACAACAAGCGAAAGAUAAAUAA